UCAUCUUACACAAUCAUCGUACAGUGAUUUGAAUUUUGAUCAAUAUCAAAGACUCGUCCAAGGUCGUACUCCGUUCCUCGGUGAAGUAGACUUUUGGGACCAAAACCCUUUGAACCAACGAUGGGAAAGGAUCAGGAGGAGCCUUUGUUAUCUUCAGCUGAGGUUCUGGAUGAAUUGUCACAAGAUAGGGAAGCACACCAUGCCGCUAAAGAAUCUGCUACCGAAGCAGAAAAAUAUCGACCAGCCUCGGACAGGACAAAACGCUACCGAAAUUCACACAUCUUGUUGACGGUCGGACUAGUGAUCAGUUACAUUCCUGCUAUUUCUCUCUUCGUAGCUUCAGGCACGAGAUUCCAGCGGCAUGCCGCAAAUCUAGAACUGCUUCCAGGUAAGUGAGAACUCUCCAUAAAAUCAUGAUAUGGUAAAACCAUUCGUUCCGCGUGCUAACACAUUCUUCUUAUUUUGCAUAAUCAGAUCUAGCCAAAGAGGCUAAAGUUUUUGAAGUACAGAAAUUCCCCUCCGGUUUCAGAUCGAGUCCUUACGCUGGUCCACCCAGUGAGGAAUUGGAUGCGGCAUGGCACGAGCUUUUCGAAUGUACAUUUUCCGACUCCUAUCCCACUCGCUAAUUAUAAACAACCCUGUGACUAAAAUACCAUUUCAUCAACAGACAACGACAUUCGAGGGGAACUUGAGGAUCUGCAAGCGAUAGGAAUGGAAUCACUCCCAUUAACCCUAUAUCGCCCGACCCGGAGUCUUCCACGAGUUACAUUGCCUUGUAAGCAAAUUUGCUCUUUCUUUGAUUGCUAUGUACUAUUUAUCAUUGUGUCUUGAAUUAAUAUGUCAAAUCUAGAAACGAAUCCGUCACUGGAUAUAUAGAGACCAUUAUGUUUAUCCCAAAGGGCCAAGCGAUACUGAGUUGAAGGAGUGGGAAGCCCAUAUUCGUAAGUUUAUUUAAGAAUUAAUUCGUCUUUGAGCAUUUUCAACUCCAAUAUCUAAGAAAAUCCGUGUAAAGCUGAGUAUUGCCGUUAAUACUUCACACGGAUCAGACCAUCGCACCGAGCGCCUGCGUCUCCCCGCCAUGCGCAGCGGCGACACAUCUCUUGCAAUAUACAAGUGGCUCAAGGAAGGGGAUGAAUUUGUACCUACUACCACGGAUAUAGGCCCUCAUCAAUGCAUCAAUUGGCAAAACUUCAGUGGCUGGAUCAAAGAUAGAAGUGUUAACUUAUCAGAGCCAGGGCUACUUGUACCCAGAUAUUAGACACUCCGUUAAAGAAAUGUAAAUUCUCAUAUAUUAUUAUGACGAUAAUUCGUUCUUG